AUGCCAGACAGCUUAGCUCCCCCCAGACGACGGCGACGAGCUGCAGGAUCUGAUUCCGACGACGAUGAAGCGUCUAGAAAUGACCGAGAUGGCACGCCGUUCUCCCAAGCUUCAAAUGCCAGCAAACGCGUUAGAUUAAGUACUGGGAGGGAUGGUAAUGAGAGCGAUGCUUCUGAGACAAAAGCGGGCAUUCUCUCGGAUGAUGAUGGCGACGACGACGAGUCACCAGAAGCAGACUCUAGGGAUUCAGAUACUUCGAGCGAAGGCGCAUCGGAAGCCCCGCCUGGGGUUCAAAACGCGGCCUCGUCAAGUAAUGGAAUUGCAGGAGGAAAUAAUGCAGAACCACUUGAACACCGACCUGGCUCGAUUGUGAGAGUGAAAUUGACGAAUUUUGUAACCUAUACCUCUGCCGAAUGCUUUCCAGGGCCGAGACUUAAUAUGGUGAUCGGACCCAACGGGACGGGGAAGAGUACGUUUGUUUGCGCUAUAUGCCUAGGACUGGGAUGGGGCCCAACGCACCUGGGCCGCGGUAAAGAGGUCGCCGAGUUCGUUAAACAUGGCUGCAGCGAAGCUACUAUUGAAAUUGAGCUCAAAGCCGGAGAUGGCAUGAAUCGAAACCCCAUCAUCUGCAGAACUAUAAAACGUGAGGGCAACAAGAGCACGUUUAUGAUAAAUGGAAAGGCAACGAAUCAGUCUAGGGUGCUAGCGCUUGCAAGAUCAUUCUCAAUACAGAUUGACAAUCUCUGUCAAUUUCUACCGCAGGAUAAGGUCAGCGAAUUUGCUGCGUUGUCUCCCGUGGAGCUACUGCAUUCUACACAACGGGCUACCGCUGGACCUGAAAUGGUAGAGUGGCAUGAAAGUCUAAAACAGUUACGUGCGGGACAAAAGGGAUUACUGGAAGAUGGUGCCGGCCAAAGGGAGCAUUUGGUAGGCUUGGAGAGACGCCAGCAAAUGCAGCGUGAAGACGUGGAAAGGAUGAAACAACGAGAGGAGAUAAAGAAACGACUAAAAUACCUCGAACUCCUAAGACCAAUUCCCCGGUAUAACCAGUCUCGUAGGGAUGUUGAGGCCCUCAAGGAACAGAGGCAAGGGUUGCUCCGCGAGCAAGCGGAGUUGAAAGAACAAUUAAAACCGGCAUUAAAGGCCGUCGAAUCGAAAGCGGAGUAUUGUGCUAAAGUCGGGGCCGUACUCAAACAGAAGAGAACUCUUGUCGUACGGGGUGAAGAGACUGCAACAAGUAUCUCGAACAAAAUGGUCGAGAUUGAAGAUCAAAUGAAAAACCUGACCCAUCAGAUAGACGCCGAAAGGAAAAGUGGUUCAGGUCAGCUGGAGGAGUGUAAGAGAGUUCAGCAGAGCAUUAACAAGCUCCAACGUCAAAUUGAGGAGAGCUCCGUGGAAUUUGAUGCUGCUGCAUAUACCGAGAAAAUACGUGAUUGUGUUCGCCAAAUGCGUGAAAUAGCAGACAAGGCGAGGGAAAUCCAACUCAAAAAGAGAACUACCAUCCAGAACUUGGAAACAACCAGGGACAAGAUUAAAAACGCCGAAAACCGACUCCAAGAACUCCAAUCCCAAUCCGGUCAGCAGGAAGAAAAGUUGCGGCGAAUAUCUGAAGAUUCGUUUAAGGCCUGGCAAUAUAUAAAAAACAACCCAGACCGGUUUGAGAAGCAUGUGUACGGCCCUCCAGUUGUGGAGUGCUCUGUAAAGGACGCGAGAUAUGCUAGUGCUGUCGAGUCGCUUUUGCAGAGAAAUGACUUCAUGGCAUUUACCACCCAAUGCCGAGCGGAUUUCAGAACUCUACAGGGUAUUUUGAACAACGAACUACACCUGCACGAUAUAAGUAUAAAGACAUGUACUGUAUCCAUGUCUAGUCUGAACCCGCCGGUAUCUGACGAGGAGCUUCGGUCGUUGAACUUCGACGGUUGGGCAAAGGACUUUAUGUCUGGUCCGGAGCCUGUUCUAGCUAUGUUGUGUAGUGAGAACAGAUUCCAUCAAACUGCCGUCGUGCUGAGAGACAUUUCCGAUGAAGAGUACCGUACGAUGGAGAGCAGUAAUAUCAGCACAUGGGUUGCCGGAAAACAAAGCUAUCAAGUUGUCCGUCGACGCGAAUAUGGUCCUAGUGCAACUACAACUAGGGUAAGACAGCUAUGGCCCGCUAGGAUGUGGACCAACAACCCUGUCGAUUCGUCGUCAACCGAACAGGACCUGAGGAAUUGCAUUACUGAAUGGAAUAGCGAGGUGGACGAGAUAGUCGCUAGGGGUGAGGAAGAAAGGAGUGGGUUGCAACGCCUAAAGGAGCAGAAUGACACAAUCUCUAAAGAAAAGAACGAGCUAGAGAGAGUCAAGGCAGAGAAGCAGUCGGCAAUGGUGAAUUAUCGAUCUCUCCCGACGAGACUUGCGCAACAAAAAGAAAGACUGAAGACUGUGAAUGCUCGAAUACAGGCAAUCAGGGAUCGGGUAGAGUCAUUACGAGGUAAGCAAGAUGGUCUUGCUGUUGACAAAGCUAUAGUAGCUAUUGAAUACUCGAACGCCGUGGUUGCAUUGCGAAAAAUACUAGAGGAAUUAGCACAUGUGGAGAUCAUGGCCAUAGAAGCCUACUCUGACUGGGACACGCUCAAGGAGCGAAACGUUGAAGUUACAAAGACUCUCGCGGCCAAAGACGCAGAAGUCGAAGACGUGAUACGAAGGUGGACUGAAGCUAAGAGGACGCUUCAAGAUUGCCAGAGGGAGGCACGCGCUGUGGUUGGCAGUAUGCAUUCAACACCUGGGCUUAGAGGGGUUGGCGAAGAGAUCAAGCAACACACUGUCGCGCAGCUUGAAGCCGAUAUCGACUCUGAAAAGGCUAGGCUAGAACUAACACACGAAGGAAGCAGCAAUGUCAUACAAGAGUUCGAAGAACGACAAGCCCGUAUUGAUGCGUUGAAAGAACAGCUUGCUGGAUCGGAACAGAGGCUGAACGAACUAAAAGAACACAUUGCUGACGUACGAGGCAAAUGGGAGCCUAAAUUAGACGAGAUCGUGUCUAAAAUCAGCGAUGCCUUCGCGGACAAUUUCGCCCGCAUAGGUUGUGCAGGACAGGUAACCGUUGAUAAAUGUGAAGGCUUGGGACCCAACGAUGCAGAUAGCGGGAGCGACUUCGAUCAAUGGUCGAUAAAAAUACAGGUCAAGUUCCGUGAACACGAGGCGCUCUCUGUACUUGACUCCCAUCGUCAGUCCGGUGGUGAGCGAGCAGUCAGUACCAUUUUCUAUCUCAUGGCACUGCAAUCGCUCUCUGCCUCGCCAUUCAGGGUCGUCGACGAGAUUAACCAGGGUAUGGACCCACGAAAUGAGCGCAUGGUUCAUGAACGUAUGGUUGAUAUUGCAGGUGGCCAAGCGGACUCGGGGACUGCGGGCGGCCAAUAUUUCCUUAUCACGCCCAAGCUGCUUAGCGGGUUGGUGUACAAACCUGGCAUGACGGUGCUGUGUAUCUUCAGCGGUGAGUACAUGCCGGAGGAUUACAGCCAGCUGGACUUUGGACGGUGCGUAUUACGGAUGAAGGACGUUAUUGCGCAGCGAGGCAAGUCAGAAAGAUCCAAAGGCAAAAGGGCGAUGGUUGGGUGA